CCCGCUUACGGGGGGCGGUGCGGCGGUGCGGGCGCGGCGGCAGCGGGAUGGAGGCGGCGGGCGCGGGGUUCCGGAAGGAGCUGGUGAACAAGCUGCUGCUCUUCCACUUCAAGGACGACAAGACCAAAGGGGCUGUCCCUGAGAGCUGGGCGGGGGUCCCCACGCCCCCCAUCCCCGCGGACACAGGAUCGCUCACGGCCCCCAUCCCCGCAGAAGCGGCUAUCCGCAGCGUGCGCCAGGCCCAGGCAGAGGACCUGGUCCGCGUGGACGUGGAGCAGCUGGAGAAAGUGCUGCCUCAGCUGCUCCUGGACUUCUAGGGGGACCUUCGCGGCAGCUGUCCCGGGCCCCGUGACGCUGGUCUCAGGCAGGACGGCCUCGAGGAGCUGGAGCGGGCCCAUGCCUGGCCUUGCUUGGACGGGACCCUCGACACCCACACUCAGCUGUGGCUGAGCCCACACAUUAAACUCGCUCCCCCUUCC